AUGAAGCUACAAGUUACUUCAAUAUUUAUCUUGAUGCUGAGCACGUCAUAUGCUCAUGAGUUUCGUUUAAGAAACAAUUGUCCAUUUCCAGUGUGGCCAGGACUUUUGGGAAAUCCAGGCAAAGAAACUCCAUUAAACGGUGGAUUCCAAUUAAAUUUAUGGGAAACAAAAGUUUUUCAUGUUGGAUAUGGAUGGGGUGGACGUAUUUGGCCAAGAAGAGAUUGCGAUGGCAAUGGACACUGUCUUAGUGGAGAUUGUGGAAACAAAAUUCAAUGCGAUGGAACCGGAAAUCCACCAGCUUCUUUAGCUGAAUUCACACUUGAUGGUUGGGGCAAUCAAGAUUAUUAUGAUGUGUCUCUUGUCGAUGGCUACAACCUACCAAUCAAAAUCAACCCAAUUCCAGGAACCUUCAGAAAAGUUUCAGAUUCAUACUUUGACUGCAAUUCAGCUGGCUGCUACCGUGACUUGAAUGAAAUUUGUCCCAAUGAGCUAGCAAUUUGGCAUAAUGGAUGGAAAAUUGCAUGCAAAAGUGCUUGCUUAGCUUUUAAUACUGAUCAGUAUUGUUGUCGUGGUGCUUAUGGAACUCCACAAACUUGCAAGAGUAGCAACUGGCCUUACAACUAUCCAGCAAUUUUCAAACAAGCUUGCCCAGAUGCUUACAGCUAUGCAUAUGAUGAUACAACAAGUACAUUUACAUGCCAUGGAAAUCCUGAGACUGGAUACGAAAUUGUUUUCUGUCCAUAA